GCCUAUGGAUUCUUUGGAGUGCUUUCCUUGGACACAGAAUCAGAGUUCAGUGCUGUCCUGGAGCGGGAAGGAGGACAGGAGAUUGAGUGAGUGAGUGAGAGAGAGCAGAGACUUGACCGGACUGACUGAGCAGUCGUCGUGAAUAAUGACUUGAAGCUUUCAAUCAUGACAGUGGGAGCGGACGCUCUUCCCAUACAAAAUCAAUCUUUAAAUUUAUGUGACUUUAAUUUGGACCUGUGCAUGAUGGGAGGCUGGGCUGGGCUGGGAAGCAAACAGAAUCUGUGGCAAAAUCGAUCAGGACUUGGAUGCCAGAGGUACCUUCAGUUCACCGGCAAGUUGUUUGGCCUUUGGCCAGUUUCGUGUGCAGCUUGUGAGUUGACGAAAUGGCACGAGCCGUGCGGAGAAUGCAGACGAUACAGCAGCAGGAAGGAAAGGAGAGCGAACAGACGCUGGCUACUCCACGCUUUGGCUAAAGGAGGGAGGGCGAGUUGCUUUCCCCUGCAAAAACUCUCCUUGAUUCGAAAUCACCUCGAAUUGAAUUAAAUUUUGAGGGAUUCAUCGACGCCUCUCUGUUUUUGGAGCUUUGGAAACGAGUAAUUGUUCGGUCUUCCAACUGCAUCCAGAACUGUGCAGUUCCAAGUCGACAGCUGGUGCCCAUCCUGGUUGUUAGAAACAGAUUAUCUGGGCAGCUUUGACGCUUCUCAUGGAUUCAUGAAACCAUACCUUGAUUGUUCAAAUUUGUUUUGUGCUAGAAUUAUGUAACAAGCUGGAACAUGUGAAAUUACGGGCAGAGAGAGAGAGAGAGAGAGAGAGAGAGUAUCGACAGACUCGACCUGCAGAACAUUUGAGACUGAAAUUAGUCUUUAGUCUUGGAGACUCAUGUCAAUGCCUUGGAGCUAGAAACGCUCAUAGACAUUUCAAGCACGAUCCACGUUUCAUAAUCUCGGACCGAGAUACGAAUCUCUUUUUCUGACAUGGACGUCAGAUGGCUUACAUGCAAGAAGCGAAUAAAUCCGUCACGGCAGCCGAUGCUCGUCAAUUCGUAUGAAGAAUUGUGAAUGACACAAAUCGAAUCUCUAGCUCCAACAAUCACCUUGCAAUAAAAAAUAAGAUCAAAUUA